GGGUCACACUUGGUGGGAUGUAAAAUGAAGUAUUGCAGACAGUUUUGAAGAAAAUGGCGACGGCAACAAAGACUCUUCAAAGGAUUAGAAAUUUUCUUUCUGGCCAAAAUCUUCUCAUAGCUCAAAGGUAUGUGGAGCAAGUCUCGUCUGAAGUUAUGGUUAUGGCUCCAAGGACUCAAGAGCCACCCAAUUUACCAGGUGGAGUAGCUCACAAACUGGCUGCCAACUACUAUUGCAGUAGAGAUUUACGACGAGCGGCUGCGCCACCGACUAUUGGUUAUACAUCGCAAAAUCUUUUGGAAUCUGGUUCGCAGACGAAGGAGUUAAAAAGUGAGAUAUUGGCAGGUUUAUCUCCUGGCUCUGUCUACGUUCCUCCGCCUUGAAUAUCUCUUUUAUACGAACAGGCGCGUUUAUAAUCUGAUAUUUUAGAACGUAAUUGUCUAUUGACGCAUUCUUUUGUCUGAAAAACGUGGUGUCGGUGUUUGAAGCAAACUGUGCAAAUUACAUAGUAUUUAUUUUUUAUUCAUAUGUAUGCGCUUUAUUUUUUGGAAUUAAGCUUCUGUAUUAUUGAGUAGAAAAUGAAUUAUUCAUAUAUGUUAAGGCAUGCUUAAUUUCGUCAAAGAUUUGAACUCGAAUUUGAAUUUGCUUAUAUGAAAUUUACCCUGCGUAUAUAUUUGCAGUACUGUAUGUUUGGAAUACUAUUAAAAGUUUUUAUAAUUCCGUUCGGAAAUUCGCAAGGAACAUGUCCAACGGAUGUUAACAAUAAUGAUAAUCAACUUGAAUGUGCGCUUUUCUUCUUUUGAUAGAUGGGAAUGAGUAAUA